AAAGUUUCCACUUUAUGUCACUGAAGAAAGUCUUCGAGCCUAUUAGGGCGGCAUCCAGAGGUCCAUUUUUUCAACCAAUAGCUAAUAAAUAACAAGGCCGUGUUUGGUUACACCUUAUAAUAAUUCUCUUCCCUAAAAAAGUGUCCAAUAAACAAUAUCUAUACAUAUAUAUAGACACUCACACUACCACUACACCAUCAAACAAAGUCCAAACAUCAAGAACUUUCCUUCUUAACAACUUUCCCGGCCGAGAAAGUGAUGGCAGAGAAAACCCACCAAACAACAAAGGAAGUACCAAAGAGAAACGAUGAGGAAUCAGCAACGACAACAACAUCAUCUUCCCAAGAGUUCAACCGACAAAAGAGGAGAAAGAUCUUCCAAUACAUUGCCAUCUUCAUCGUGUUUCAGAUCAUAGUCAUCUCAGUGUUCGUACUAGUUGUGAUGCGAGUCAAGUCCCCUAAGGUAACGUUAUCCGAUGUCGACCUCCAAUCUCUGAAAACAGCCACGUUACCUUCGCCAACGUUCGACGUCGUUUUGGGGGCCGAAGUUCGCAUCAAGAACUCGAACUUCGGACCCUACAAGUUCGAAGACGGCGUCGUUUCGUUCACGUACGAGGGCAUCGUUGUGGGACAGGUCUUGAUUCCCAAGGGCAAAGUGGGAAUGAAGUCGACCAAAGAGGUUGAUGUUACAGUGAGUUUGAGCUCAGCAAACUUGGCUGGGUUUGGUAACAAUAAUCUUGGGAGUGAGUUAAGUGCUGGGGUUUUGACUUUGAGUAGUAUCACUGUUAUGAAAGGCAAAGUUGAGUUGAUGGGGAUUAUCAAGAAGAACAAGGCUGCUGAGAUGAAUUGUUUUCUUGCUUUUGAUUUACCCUCAAAUAUGCUUAGGACUUUGGAUUGUCAGUAAGAUUUUUUUUUUAAAAUUUCUUCUCUUAAUUAUACAUUAUGUAGUAGAUUAUGCUUCAUACAAUUUAUAAAUGUAGUGUUAUAUCCUAUGUUUUC